CGCGGCGGUGACAGGCCCUCGGCCCCGCCCACACCGCGGCGCCACACCUCCAACCCGCCUCCAGCCUUGCCUCCCCUGGCCCUUGGCCCCGCCCACACCGCCUCGCCCCGCCCCAAGCCGCGCUGUGCUCCAGGGGCGGGGGCCCACGGCGGCCACUCACUGAGCCCCACGGGCCGCAGCGGCAGUGACGUAGGGUUGGCGCACGGAUCCGUUGCGGCUGCAGCUCUGCAGUCGGGCCGUUCCUUCGCCGCCGCCGGGGGUGGCGGUGUAGCUGCGCAGCGUCGCGCGCGCUACCGCACCCAGGUUCGGCCCGCAGGCGUCUGGCAGCCCAGCGCCAUCUUCAUCGAGCGCCAUGGCCGCAGCCUGCGGGCCGGGAGCGGCCGGGUACUGCUUGCUCCUCGGCUUGCAUUUGUUUCUGCUGACCGCGGACCCUGCCCUGGGCUGGAACGACCCUGACAGAAUGUUGCUGCGGGAUGUAAAAGCUCUUACCCUCCACUAUGACCGCUAUACCACCUCCCGCAGGCUGGAUCCCAUCCCACAGUUGAAAUGUGUUGGAGGCACAGCUGGUUGUGAUUCUUAUACCCCAAAAGUCAUACAGUGUCAGAACAAAGGCUGGGAUGGGUAUGAUGUACAGUGGGAAUGUAAGACGGACUUAGAUAUUGCAUACAAAUUUGGAAAAACUGUGGUGAGCUGUGAAGGCUAUGAGUCCUCUGAAGACCAGUAUGUACUAAGAGGUUCUUGUGGCUUGGAGUACAAUUUAGAUUAUACGGAACUUGGCCUGCAGAAACUGAAGGAGUCUGGAAAGCAGCACGGCUUUGCCUCUUUCUCUGAUUAUUAUUAUAAGUGGUCCUCUGCGGAUUCCUGUAACAUGAGUGGAUUGAUUACCAUCGUGGUACUCCUUGGGAUUGCCUUUGUAGUCUAUAAGCUGUUCCUGAGUGACGGGCAGUAUUCUUCUCCUCCACCGUACUCUGAGUAUCCUCCAUUUUCCCACCGUUACCAGAGAUUCACCAACUCAGCAGGACCUCCUCCCCCAGGCUUUAAGUCUGAGUUCACAGGACCGCAGAAUACUGGCCAUGGUGCAACUUCUGGUUUUGGCAGUGCUUUUACAGGACAACAAGGAUAUGAAAAUUCAGGACCAGGGUUCUGGACAGGCUUGGGAACUGGUGGAAUACUAGGAUAUUUGUUUGGCAGCAAUAGAGCGGCAACACCCUUCUCAGACUCGUGGUACUACCUGUCCUAUCCUCCCUCCUACCCUGGCACGUGGAAUAGGGCUUACUCACCCCUUCGUGGAGGCUCGGGCAGCUAUUCGGUAUGUUCAAACUCAGACACGAAAACCAGAACUGCAUCAGGAUAUGGUGGUACCAGGAGACGAUAAAAUAGAAAGUUGCAGUCAAACACUGGAUGCAGAAAUUUUGGAUUUUUCAUCACUUUCUCUUUAGAAAAAGUACUACGUGUUAACAAUUGGGAAAAGGGGAUAUUCAAAAGUUCUGUGGUGUUAUGUCCAUUGUAGCUUUUUGUAUUCUAUUAUUUGAGGCUAAAAGUUGAUGUGUGACAAAAUACUUAUGUGUUGUAUGUCAGUGUAACAUGCAGAUGUAUAUUGCAGUUUCUGAAAGUGAUCAUUACUGUGGAAUGCUAAGAAUACAUUAAUUUCUAAAACCUGUAAUGCCCUAAGAAGCAUUAAGAAUGAAGGUGUUGUACUAAUAGAAACUAAGUACAGAAAAUUUCAGUUUUAGGUGGUUGUAGCUGAUGAGUUAUUACCUCAUAGAGACUAUAAUAUUCUAUUUGGUAUUAUAUUAUUUGCUGUUUGCUGUUCUUCAAACAUUUAAAUCAAGCUUUGGACUAAUUAUGCUAAUUUGUGAGUUCUGAUCACUUUUGAGCUCUGAAGCUUUGAAUCAUUCAGUGGUGGUGAUGGCCUUCUGGUAAGUGAAUAUUACUUUCUGUAGGAAAAGGUAGAAAACAAGCAUCUAGAAGGUAGUUGCGAAUGACUCUGUGCUGGCAAAAAUGCCUGAAACCUCUAUAUUUCUUCAGUUCAUAAGAGGUAAAGGUCAAAUUUUUCAACAAAAGUCUUUUAAUAACAAAAGCAUGCAGUUCUUUGUGAAAUCUCAAAUAUUGUUGUAAUAGUCUGUUUCAAUCUUAAAAAGAAUCAAUAAAAACAAACAAGGGG